AUCUUCCAAGUAAGUAUGGCUUCCUUCUCUUGAUGUUCAUACGACGCUAUGGGGAAGAAGAAUAGGACUAAGGAACCUACACCUCCAACUCCUCCGAAGAAGAAGCUUCCGGAGUUGAAUGUGGAUGAUGAGGUCACUUUGGAUACUCUUGAGAACUCAGAUAGUACGUCUAGUGAUGAUAAUCAGUCUGUGAAUGAUAUUAAUGAAGUUGAGAAUGUUGCGGUUGAGGAUGGGAAUGGCACCUCCACUGGUUCUGAUACUCCUUCUGUUGAUGAAGAGGCAGUUGAAAAAGAAUUGGAAAAAAAUAAGAACACCCCCAAGGUGGUUGAGAAAAAGCCUGAGCCAGUUCCGAAGAAAACCUAUGCUGAACUUCUGAAAAACAAUAGGAAAGCUACCCAAGGGAUGCAAUUAUUCAAGGUUGAGCUUAACAGCAUUGAAGAGGUGUUUAUUCCUGAUGAAGCAAUCCUUCCAAUUGAACAGUUGUGGGGAUACUGUCUUGUGGGAUGUUUCUCUGGAAAAUUCCCAGGACUUAAGGCCAUCCAAAAAAUGGUGGAUCAAUGGAGUAUUCCCUGUGAGAUUUUGCCACAUAGAAAAGGAUGGAUUGUACUCAAAUUCUGGAGGGAAGAGCAUAGACAAACAGUUCUUACUAUGAAAGCUGAAGAACUUUCCAUUGGUAACAAGAAAUUGCUACUAAAAAUUCCCGAGAAAGAUUUCAUGUGGAACUGCAAGUCCUUUGCAACCAUGCCUGUCUGGGUUAAACUCUUAGAUGUCCCUAUGGGUUUUUGGUCUCCACUGGGGCUCUCACACAUUGCCUCUUUCCUUGGGACACCUCUGUACUCUGAUGGAGUUACCCACACUGCUGCAUCUGUGUAUGACACCUCAAUGGAACCUAAUCCUGAUGGGGACUACAGGAGGGUUAACUUCUGCAGGGUUAUGAUAGACAUGGAUCUCACGGUUAAGCCUCCUGUGAAUGUCAAGGUUACUUACAAUGGUGGGGAUUACAUUCAAAAAAUUGAGUAUGAGGAUAUGCCCUGCUACUGCUACCAUUAUGAUUUGAUGCUGUUUUCCAGAGGAGACAUUGAGUCUGUUACUGUCUUGGCUGAUGCCCUCAACCACUUUUCUCAAGCCUCUGGACUGAGAGUUAAUCCACAGAAAUCAAGCAUUUUUCUAGCUGGAGAAGUUAAGGAUAAUAGACAGGACAUCCUUAACCUGGUCCAAUUUCCUCUUGGAAGACUCCCUGUCAGAUACCUUGGUCUACCAUUAACUUCCCAAAGAGCCUCUGAAAGGGACUUUGCACCUCUUAUUGCUAAGGUUGAGGACAAUAUAUGUAAGUGGAACACUAAAACUUUGUCACAGGCUGGGAGAGUAGAACUGAUCAGAAGUGUAAUCCAAGGGAUCCAGAGUUUUUGGCUUCAGGCUUUCCCUAUCCAUAAGACUGUUCUCAAUAGAAUCACAACUAUCUGCAGAAGCUUCUUGUGGGGCAGUAAGUUUUCUAAGGUUGCUUGGAGUGAUAUCUGCAAACCAAUUGAAGAAGGAGGGCUGGGGUUGAGGAACUCUUACACUUGGAAUCAAGCUUUUCUUAUAAAAAAUCUUUGGAAUAUUGCCUGUGCUAAGGAUACUCUGUGGGUUAAAUGGGUUCAUGCAGUUUACCUUCAAAAUAGGGAGGUGUGGACAUGGACACCUAAGGAGGGGGAUUCACACCUUUUCAAAAAAAUGUCCUUUGCUAGAGAUCUUUUUGUGGAUAAGCUUGGGGGUUCUGAUGGGUUUCAUGACAGAUUGCAGAACAUGUGUGAGAAUGGCAAUUUAAAUACCACCACUGUAUAUGAUCUGCUCAGAACUAGGAAUCAGCCAAAGCCUUGGAUGAAAUUCAUUUGGCAGACCUAUAUCCCCCCUAGAUUUUCCUUUACCACUUGGCUGAUCCUUAGGAAAAGGCUUCCUACCAAGGUGAACCUCUCCUAUGUGGAUAUGGAAAACAGGGAUUGUAGCCUCUGUCACUUGGAUGCUGAAGACACAAAACAUCUCUUCUUUGCUUGCCAUGUCUCUGCUCAGAUUUGGAAUGGAGUUAAGGAGUGGAUCAACUUGGAUGUUGCUCUCUCAACUUUAAACAGAGCUAUCAAGUGGCUUAGGAAGUCUCACCAUGCUCAUUCAAACAUCAAGAAAAUGUGCAGAUUGGCAACCCUUAGCACUGUUUAUCACAUCUGGAGACUUAGGAAUGGGGCAUACUUUGAUCAGAUUGCAGUUGAUGUCCAUUCUACUAUCCAAAAGAUCAAGUUGAGUGUUUAUAAGGUGAUGUACAGGCUGUUUCCUAAUGCCCCUUUGAGGUUGGGAAUGG